CGUUCUCCUAUAUAUACCUUGUGUAUUAGACGUUUCAAGGUUCAGAAUUUUCUCCACAAUUUCGUAUUCUCACUUGUUCUCUCUAGUUUUCAGGUUUUCGCAAUCUUCAAGGAGCAAGGCCGUAACCAUCCAUCUUCCUAGCCGUGAUCAACACUUGUGCAUCAUCUUGGAUCUGCUUUGGAGCUUGGGACAUGACUAAGGAUCAAUGAAUGUCUGGAUCGUCUGAACCACCCAAGUACACCAAAACGCCCCUCCACGUCAUUCAAGCACGGAUUGAAAAGCUUAAGAAAAACUCGGAUCUCUUUGACAUCCAAGUUACCACUCCACUUCAAUUUCGUGAGCUUCAAUUAGAUAGUGAAGGGAAUAGAGUAGAGGGAGGAUCAGAAGCUUCUGACACUUCAGUUGUUCCAUCACCACACCAAACGCCACCUCCAUCACCUCGUGCACUCUUAGUCAUUCAACCACUACCACCACCAAUGGCUCUCACCAUCAGGCAGCUUUCUACAUCUGUCAUCCCACCUGGUGGAGUCCCCACUUGUAUAACCUACCCUGCUGCAGCUGAGGGGUUAACAGCUGAUUUUGAGUUGAAGUCUGGGUUGCUUCAUCGUCUUCCUACAUUCCAUGGACUCUCUAUGGAAGACCCCAACAACCACUUGAUGGAGUUUCAGUUCAUAUGCACUAGCAUGAAGCCUCAAGGAGCGGAUGAACAAAUUUUGAAGCUGAAGGCCUUCCCAUUUUCGUUGGCUGACAAGGCAAAGCAGUGGCUCUAUGAGUUGCCUAGUGGACGAAUUGCAUCUUGGGCAGACAUGAUGAAGGCGUUUCUUGAGAAAUACUUUCCUACAUCUCGCAUCAUCAUGUUAAGGAAAAAGAUAAGUGGAAUUCAACAAGGGCAAGAUGAGUCCUACGCAGAUUACUAUGAGAGGUUCAAGUCUCUCACCACUCAAUGCCCUCAACAUGGCAUGAAGGAUGAGACCUUGCUCACUUGUUUUUAUGAUGGGCUCACCAACUUGGAAAGAGACAUGCUAGAUGCAGCUUCAGGUGGAUCUUUUGUUGACAAGGAACCUGCGGCUGGAAUGGUUCUAAUUGAGAAUAGGGCCUUGAAUCAACAACAAUAUGGAAGCUCUAGGCCCAAAGCCACCACCAUUCGUGAAAAGGUCCAUGAGGUAAGUACUUUAGCUCAAUUGGAAGAGAAAAUUAACAAACUUACUUCUCUUGUGUCUCAAGGAUCACAUGGACAAGUCAUGGUGUGUGGAGUUUGUUCAAUGCAAGGGCAUGUGUCUGACCAAUGCCCUCAACUCAUGGAAGGUGGAGGACAAGAAGGUGUUAACGCCAUAGGUUUCCAACAAGGGUACCAACGUCCUAGGAAUGAUCCAUAUUCGAACACUUACAAUCCUGGAUGGAGGGAUCACCCCAACUUUCGUUGGAAGGACAAUGAGAACGUUCAAAGUGCACCUCAAGGGUUCCAACAACGUCCUCAAGGCUUCUAUCAAAAGCCUCAACCUCCUAACCCUACUCCUUUCAAUUCAAAUUUUAAUUCAAAUGCUUCUUCUUCUAAUGAUGAAUUGAUUAGAACUCUAACCAAAUCUACUCAAGCUUUAACUGCAGGUCAAACUCAUCAUGGGAAUCAAAUCAAUGCCAUAUCCACGGAUGUGAAUGAGAUGAAGAAGCAAAUGAGUCAAGUUGUGGAGUUUAUGGGUAAGUUUCAUGAGCAAGGGAAGCUUCCAAGUGGCACCAUCCCUAAUCCUCACUUUGAGCAAGCAAAGGUCGUCACUACAAGGAGUGGUAAGACCCUUGUAGACCCUCCAAGGCCUCCUAAGAAGGUUUUAACGUCAACAUUAGAGGAGGAGGAGGACCCUGCAACGUCCAAGGCUCAUGUGACGUCUCAAACAUCAAAUGCAAAACCGGACCUUCAAGGUAAUAUUUCUAACUCUUUCAAUUCGGUUAUUGCUAACCCAUCUUCUUCUCCUUUGCCUUUCCCAAGCAGAUAUACUAGAUCCAAGAAGGAUGAGGCCGAAAAGGCCAUCUUGGAGACCUUCAAGAAAGUGCAAAUCAACAUCCCUCUCCUUGAGGCCAUAAAGCAAAUCCCUAAGUAUGCCAAAUUCUUGAAGGAGCUUUGCACCACAAGGAGACAAAACCGUGAGAAAGAAGUGGUGAAGGUAAGUGAGAAUGUCUCAGCUGUGCUUCAACGUAGAAUGCCAGAAAAGUGUAAGGAUCCAGGAAGUUUCUCUAUCCCUUGUGUUAUUGGAACAAAUCGAUCUAAUGCAUACCCUAAGGGGUUAGUUGAGGAUGUACUUGUGCGGGUUGGUGAGCUAAUCUUUCCAGCUGACUUCUAUGUUCUAGAGAUGGAGGAGUCCCCUAAAAGUGGAACGCCAUUGUUGCUAGGCCGCCCCUUCAUGAGGACGGCUAGGACUAAAAUUGAUGUAUAUUCUGGCUCAUUGACAAUGGAGUUCGAUGGUGAAAUUGUUGGCUUCAACAUCUUUGAAGCAAUGAGGUAUCCUUUGGUUGACUUUUCAUCAUGUUUUUCUAUUGAUAUACUUGAUGAACUUGCGCAGAAAUUCAUGGAGAUGAUGAAUGAGGAUACUUUGGGUUCAACCAUUGCCCAUGGCGUUGGAAUGAUGAAGGAUGACUCUACCAUCCUUAAGGAGGAGCUCACGGCUAUUCAUAGUGAUGCUAUCAUGGAACAUGUUGCUUUUCUUGAGGCAACACCAUUUGAGCUAGGAAACGAAACUUUACCUGUCAUCAUUUCAUCAUCUUUAACGUCAACUCAAGAGGAUAGAUUGGUGGAGAUGCUUAAGAAGCACAAGACUGCAAUUGGUUGGACUUUAGCGGAUAUUAAAGGAAUUAGCCCUACUACUUGUGUGCAUCGAAUUCUGCUUGAGGAGGGAGCCAAGCCAACUAGGGAGGCUCAAAGACGUUUGAACCCACCUAUGAUGGAGGUCGUAAAGAAAGAAGUCAUCAAGCUUCUUGACUGUGGCGUCAUCUACCCUAUCUCAGACUCUAAGUGGGUUUCACCAGUUCAAGUUGUGCCAAAGAAAUCUGGGAUCACAGUUGUGAAGAAUGCAGAGAAUGAGUUAGUGCCUCAGAGAACUGUGACUGGACAUCGGGUUUGUAUCGACUAUAGGAAGCUCAACGCCACUACUAGGAAGGAUCACUUCCCUUUGCCAUUCAUUGAUCAGAUGCUUGAGAGGUUAGCUGGCCAUGAGUUUUAUUGCUUUUUGGAUGGGUAUUCUGGGUACAACCAAAUCGCCAUUGCUAAUGAGGAUCAAGAGAAAACGACAUUCACAUGCCCCUUUGGGACGUUUGCCUACAGAAGGAUGCCCUUUGGACUUUGCAAUGCUCCAGGUACGUUUCAAAGAUGCAUGGUAAGUAUUUUUUCUGAUUUUAUCGAGAGAAUAAUUGAAGUUUUUAUGGAUGACUUUUCGGUUUUUGGUAAAGACUUUGAUGAUUGCUUAAAUAACUUAGAAUUAAUACUUAGGCGUUGUGAAGAGACUAAUCUUGUGCUUAAUUGGGAAAAAUGUCACUUUAUGGUGAAACAAGGGAUAGUCUUAGGGCAUAUUGUUUCUAAACGUGGAAUAGAAGUUGAUAAAGCUAAAGUAGAUCUUGUUAAGCACUUACCAUACCCCACAAGUGUGAGGGAGGUCCGCUCUUUUCUUGGACAUGCAGCUUUAAGGUACCUAAUGUCAAAAAAAGAGGCAAAACCUAGGCUAAUUCGUUGGAUACUCUUGCUUCAAGAGUUUGAUGUUGAGAUCAAGGAUAAGAAGGGCACAGAGAACGUUGUAGCUGACCACUUGAGUAGACUAGUGAGUGAGGAAGACGCCAUACCCUUAGUGGAGAUGUUUCCGGAUGAACAACUCUUCGGAAUCCAGACCAUUGAGGCUUUGCUUAGGAAGUACCAUGUGACACAUAAGGUUUCAACGCCUUAUCACCCUCAAACUAGUGGACAAGCAGAAGUUUCAAAUAGGGAGAUCAAGAGGAUACUAGAGAAAACCGUGGGGCCAUCAAGAAAAGAUUGGAGUCAACGUUUGGAGGAUGCAUUGUGGGCUUAUAGGACAGCUUUCAAAACACCAAUUGGGAUGUCUCCAUUUCGUUUGGUGUAUGGGAAGCCUUGCCACUUACCUGUGGAAUUGGAGCAUAAAGCUUGGUGGGCAGUCAAGACGUUCAACAUGGACUUAGAUGAAGCUGGACUUCAUAGGAAAUAA